UAUAUAAUCAUAUAUCCAUGGAGGGUGAAGGAAGGUGGGAUUCUGACAUAAAGUUUCUAUUGGAGUUUGUUGUGUUUCAUGCGCAAGGACAAUGAGCUAAUUCCAAAGGAUGUGCCUAGAGGUCAUGUGGCAGUGUAUGUUGGGAAAGAGUUGAAGAGAUUUGUGAUCAAGAUAAUUUUGUUCAACCAUCCUCUUUUUCAGGCAUUGCUAGAUUGUGCAGAGGAAGCGUUUGCGUUUGCCACAGGCCCAAGACUAUGCAUCCCCUGCAAUGAGACGGUGUUCCUUCCCAAUCUUGAGCACGUUACUUCUAAACAAUAUCAAUGGUGGUCACUUUGUUUCUAAGGAUUUCAUGUUCAACUUUGGAAGUGCAAAGAAAAGAAGAAAUGCUGGCAUUAUGAUUCUAUUCUUUAUUAGUUGUCAUUUACAAUCACAUAUGGAGGUGGCCACUUUCAACUUUGUUAUCAUUUUUGUUUCUUUAUUCAUGUAUCUUUAUUUUCAAUAAAUUAAAAAUUUUAAU